UGCGCAAACGUGCUCUGGACGCACGGACACACGCUUGUGGCCAUGGGGGGACGAGCACCUGAGUCCAGCGAGGACUUCUCGCACGUCAGCCCAGUUGUCAAGUAUCUGCUGUUCCUGUUUAAUUUUCUGUUCUGGAUCAUCUCGCUGGUGAUGGUGUCCAUCGGCGUGUUCGCCCGAGUGACCAAGCACGCCGAGACGGCGCUGGCCUGCCUGACGGUGGACCCGGCUCUGAUGCUGCUGGUCGUGGGCAUCCUCAUCUUCAUCAUCACCUUCUGCGGCUGCGUGGGCUCCCUGCGCGAGAACAUCUGCCUCCUCCAGACAUUCUGUAUAUGUCUGACAGUGAUCUUCCUGCUCCAGCUCAUCGCUGGCGUCCUGGGCUUCAUCUUCUCAGACACGGCCCGUACUAAAGUGACGGAGAUCAUCAAUAAGGCCAUCCUCCACUACAGAGACGACAUCGAUCUGCAAAACCUCAUCGACUUCGGUCAGGUGGAGUUCAACUGCUGCGGUGGCGUCACGUACACCGACUGGUCCCAGAACAUGUACUUCAACUGCAAGGAGGAGAACCCCAGCAGGGAGCGCUGCUCCGUCCCGUUCUCCUGCUGCAUCAUCUCCCAGGACAAGAUGGUGAUCAACACCAUGUGCGGCCACGGGAUACAGGAGCUGGACUACGGUGAAGCCGGGAAACACAUCCACACCAACGGCUGCAUCGACAAGCUGGUGAACUGGAUCCACAGCAACCUGUUCCUCAUCGGAGGCAUCGCGCUGGGCCUGGCCAUUCCACAGCUGGUCGGCAUGCUCCUGUCGCAGAUCCUGAUCAAUCAGAUCAAGGACCAGGUGGAGCUGCAGAAUUACAACCUCAGACACCGCUCCGACCCCUGGAGCUGAGCUGGGGCGGAGCGGAGCCGGGUAUGUGGCUGAAACCACUGUAAAACUGGACCGGGUGGACGAGGACUCUGUCGCCAUCUGCUGGCUGUGGCGCCUCCCUGCAUCCACAACCCCUCACUGUAGUUCCGCUUAUGGGAGUGUGUUUUACAAGAAACACACCUUAGCAAAGACUGACAUUCAUGAGUCCUGCUGCUUCAUACCUAGAAGCCUAAUCCUGGUUUUACAUUCAAAUAAAGCGUUCCGCUCAAUGACACUGAAAUGCAGCCAUGUUGGGCCUUAGGCCGCUCCGCCUCCACCUCCAUCCCUCUGACAUGUGCAUCGUUUGAAACUCAUCCUCGCCUAUCGUGGUCUUGACUCUCUGGUCAAACUGUUUACAGUUUGUGUUCCCUGGUGAAGUGCAGCGGCAGCGGGGACUCCCCGCUUCUCCACCAAAAGAAAACAGUCACGUCAGCGCCUACGGGACUUGUUCCUGGAGUCUGAGUUCCAGGACCUGGCAGUGAGCAGACUCUGACUCCAAAAGUCCAACAUGAUUUGGAAAAUGUCGCAGCACGAUCCCACGUGACCUGUUUUAAUCCAGCAGAAGCCUCUGAGCGAAAAGGAAAAGUUCUGGUGUGCGAGAGUGAACGUGUGCUGCCUCUGUGUGUGGUCUCUGACUCACUGGCAGCCAUGUUGCUGUGUUAUAAGGAGGAGCCCGUAGUCACAGAGGACGGGGCCGAGUUGGCCCAGUUUAACUCUCACAACCCCGGGCGAGGCACCAUGACGAUGGAGGCGGUUUUACAUCCUCAGAGCACCUUCAGCUUAUGUUUAAAACAGUGUGUAGGAGUGUUGGGAUUGUAUUUUAUGUUUGCAGCCACCUUAACCACAGCUGGAGGCCCAUGUAUCGAUAAUAUGUAAUAAAUAUUUAGUAAUCAA